AUGUCUACGGCCUUCCUCGUGGACAGUCUCCUGCACGCCCAGCAGACCUUCACGGAGAGCCAGCUAAAGUCCAGCCUGAGCGAGAUGCUCCUGUCGCGUCGGGAACGUGAACGGGAAAGGGAUCCCGCGGAUCCAACGGAGAGCUGCAGCUGCUCGAAGCGCGGCUACAAGUGUGAUAAGUGCCGCGAAGUCCGGGCCGAGAGUGUUGAUAGCAUCGAGGAGAUGGACGAGGAUGAGGACUCAUCCGCAGAUGAAAUCGUAGCCGACAUAGGCAGCGUCGGCGAUGAGGAGCCCCACAUGGAUCUAGACGAAGAGCUGGAGCUGGAGGACGAGCUGGCCGAGGUGGACGAGCCCGCGGCAAUCAAAUUGCCCAAGGUGGAGCCCAAGGAUCCGAGCAGCCCGGCGGUGGGCACAACCAUUCUCAAGGAUAGCAAUAGCAAGCCCAUACUUAAGUUCAGUGUCAGUGCGAUUCUGGGGGAUACCCGUGAAGGUGUCCGGGUCAGGAAUGAAUUCAUGCAACCGCAGCAUAUAUGGCCUUAUCUACAACAAAACUUCAUGCAGCAGCACACACAUCAGUAUCACCAACACCAUCAGCAGCAGCAGCAGCAUCCACAGCAUCCCCACCAGCAGCAGCACCAACAGUUGCCAGUGCCAGGACAUCCAGGACAUCCAGGGCAUCCGCAUCACCAUCAUCACCAGCAUCACCAUCAUCAUCCGGGGGCGGGGCACGCCCACUUUCCGCAUCCCGCAUUUCUAACGCAUCAACUGCCGCCGCAUCAGCAGCAACAGCAACAGCAGCAGCAGCAGCAUCCCGGCAAUAGUUGUCAGCCGCAAACCGCAUCCUCGUCGUCGUCACCUGGCAGCACAAUUAGUGAUAGCGACAACAAUCACGGCGGCCCCAAUCCCACUGCCAACUCUGGCCAGGAUGGGCGACCGCACGAAAUGGGAGCUGUGGACGAGGACAAUGCCAAUCGAAGAUUAACGCAAGACAAGCAGCAGCAGCAGCAGCACCAGAUGCUGGGAUCAGCCGGAGGAGGAGGAGGAGGUGGUGGUGGCCAUCCUACGCCGCCGCCUCCGCCUCCUCCGCCAGUGAUUGCCAAGCCCAUGCCCAGCAGACCCACACCCUUCCUGCCGCACACCCUUAACCACCCGCACCUUCACUCGCUGCUGGCGCACUGCCGGAAUCCCUACAUGAGUGUUGGCGCCCAAGUGUUUCCCCUGCCUCCGGGCCAGGGUUUUCCCUGGGCCCAUUCGACGCGUGGCAAGCCUCGUCGUGGAAUGAUGCGACGUGCCGUCUUCUCAGAUUCUCAGAGGAAGGGUCUGGAGAAGCGAUUCCAGCAGCAAAAGUACAUUAGCAAGCCGGAUCGCAAAAAGCUGGCGGAGCGACUGGGUCUCAAAGACUCUCAGGUGAAAAUUUGGUUUCAGAACCGGCGGAUGAAGUGGCGGAACUCCAAGGAGCGUGAACUGCUGGCCAGCGGUGGUUCUCGGGACCAGACGUUGCCCAACAAGAAUAACCCCAAUCCAGAUCUGAGCGAUGCCAAGUGCGAUCGCCCGCUGACGCCACUGAGCCCAUCCUUACUGUCACCAAACGGAAGUGCCACACCUCCACCGGCCCCACUGCCGGGCACUGUGGCCAAGGAGGAGCCGCCGGCGGCAGCUGUUACUCCUAAGUCACCGCAAUCCGCCAGUAGCCGGAGCAGUCCUUCGGUGGGCUAUGGCAUUCAGAUCAGUUCACCGCCGCCGCUGCUCACUAGCAAUGCGGCCACGCCCACUCCGGCGGCGACACCUGGCAAUACGGUUUCAUCUGCCACCUCCUCGCCACCAGGCGUGGCCAGCAGUGCCGCAGAGUUUCAGGCCAAGAUCAAUGCCGAGAUGCAGAAGCAACUGGUGGCCGCAGAUCUCAAGUUCAAGCUGGAGAGUAGCUUGCAGGAGGCCAAGCAGAGGCGGUUCGAGCAACUGCAGCAGCAGCUCCAUCACUCGCCACACUUCAGUGCCAUGCGGGAGGUGGAACUGGCCGCUGCAGCAGCAGCUGCGCAACUGCAUCAUCAUCACCAGCAGCAACAGCAGCAGCAGCAGCAGCAGCAACAUCAGCAACAGCAGCAGCAACAUCACAACAGCAGCAGCAACAUCAGCAGAGCUCCGAUUUCAUGA